AUGGCCUGUUGGAAGGUGGCUAAAGGAAUCCGGAGAUCAUAUCGAGACACUGCCCAGCCUACAGCACACCUAGCCCAGGAUCAGGAAGAAGGAGAGACCGCUCCCCCAUCACACUGUGUCUCCUCCUCACCCUCUUCACCCUGUAAGAACAAUCUGCACCCAGACAAAGAGGAAAGGGGCAUGAAAAUAUACUAUAUGCAGGUACAAGUGAACAAGGGUGUAGCUGUCUCCUGGAAGACAAAGAAACCCUUGGAGUUGCCUGAAAAGCAGCUAUCAAUAGAAGAAGUGAUCCUUCCUGAGGAUGUGUGCACAGUAGCCACUGACCCCUCUUCUGAUGUGUCCACCGAAAGCCUCCUGUCUGACAGUGAGCCCACUGGGGAGGAGAAAGAGUAUGAGGAAAGGGCAGAGCCAGGCAGCCCAUCAGGGUCACCUACAAUCCAGGAGACACCCAGGGCCAAGACACCGGACUGGAUGGUGACCAUGGAGACCGGCUUCAGGUGCAUGGCCUGCUGCCGGGUCUUCCCCACCUUGGAGAUCCUCCAGCAGCACGUGAAGUUCGGCGUCCUGGAGGGCUUCAGCUGCCGUGUCUUUCAUCUCACCAUGGCCCAGUGGAUGGGCAAUGUGGAAUCUGAGAGCACCCCUGAGGAGGAGGGCAGUGUGGAACCCAAGACCACCUUUGAGGACGAGGAGGACGAGGAGGACGAGGAGGACGAGGAGGACGAGGAGGAUGGGGAGGACGAGGAAGAGAAGCUAGAAGGCCCCAGCCCGAAGAGACCCCGCAGCACUUCCAAAGGAAUUGAGCUCUGCUGA